CGUGAUGUCCAGGUGUUAGAAUAGGCGGUUCUGUCAUGAAAAGACAGUGCGUCAGUGUGUACCCUGCACUGGGUCGAUCAUCGCCGCAGGGGCCAAGCAGGCGGAGACUACUACAUGGUAACUGAUGACCACCAAACGAGAACUGCUGCCACUGACUACCGGGGCCACCCUGGAAAUCACAGUUGUAAAUCCACCACCGGGAAGCCAUUCAACCACGGCAGUGUUCUGCCUGCAUCCGUGGUCAUGGCUGGGUGGUUGCAUGGAUGAUCCUGUUAUUCAAUCUAUCGUCAAACUGUUCGCUCGCCAUGACUGUUAUGUCGUGUAUUUUAACUCUCGAGGGGUAGGCAAGUCCUCCGGAUACCCUUCGUUCACUGGACGACAGGAGGGUGAAGAUCUGCAAGCGCUGGUCCAGCAGUUCUUGCAAAAGGAGCCCCAAAUUAACUCGGUCAUUAUCGUGGGGUAUUCUCAUGGUUCGCUGAUAGCAACACUGCAUCCUGCACUAGCCUCGGUCAAGAUGUCGUACGUCUUGCUCUCGUACCCGCUGAGUCCCAGAGGAUUCCUCACUCUUUUCCACUCGAGAGUAUACUCGACCGCCUUGGACAACUUACUUGGCCAAUCCUGUGCGAACGUUCUCAUUAUCCACGGAGAACGAGAUAACUUUACCAGCCGAAGCAAGUACGAUGCGUGGGGAACGUCGCUUCGGAAAAGAAGCGAGGGUAAAGCUAGUAAGCUGGAGGUUGUGUCCGUGGCAGAAGCAGAUCAUUUCUGGCGGAGUAGUUCCGCUCGGACGACGUUGAAGCAGACGUUAGAGAACUGGCUCAGCACGGCGUAAAUAAUCCGCUUAGAUUGUGGUCUCCUGGAGACAGAGUUGAGUCGGGUAAUAUUAUAAGACAUCAACGUGUUUUCAAUUCUUACUUACAUACUUUCAUAUUGUCCGCGCGGC